AGUGCAGAUGAGCAUGCAAAGUCAUCAUCAUUUGAACUCAUUUUCUUCCUGUUGUGGGAGUAGUGAGAGUGGGUGCAGCAGUUUAGUAGAAGAUGAAGAUUCCAUUUUCCUUUCUCUUGCACCUCCUGGCCACCAAAUACCAAAACUCUCCUCUCCCCUUCAACAAAACACUCCUACUACUAUUCCUCACACACCUCAAUAUUGGAUCCCUUCUCCUUCACAAAUCCUUGUUGGUCCCACCCAUUUCUCUUGCCCUGUCUGCAACAAAUCCUUCAACCGUUUUAACAACAUGCAGAUGCAUAUGUGGGGACAUGGAUCACAAUAUAGGAAAGGAGCUGAAUCUCUAAGAGGGUCAAACUCAAAAGCAGCAGCAUCUUCAAUGGUGAAACUACCAUGCUAUUGUUGUGCUGAGGGAUGCAAAAACAACAUAAACUAUCCAAGGUCAAAACCAUUGAAGGAUUUCAGAACCCUUCAGACACACUACAAGAGGAAACAUGGAGGGAAAUCAUUCGAAUGUAGGAAGUGUAGGAAAGCAUUUGCAGUGAGAGGAGAUUGGAGGACACAUGAGAAGAAUUGUGGGAAGCUUUGGUUCUGUAUAUGUGGUUCUGAUUUUAAACAUAAAAGGUCUCUUAAAGAUCAUGUUCGUGCUUUUGGUAAUGGACAUGCUCCACACACUCUUGAAUCUUUUACUUUUGAUGCUCUCUUGCGUGAUCAAAAUGGAAAUAUUCAAGAUUAUGAGGAACAACAACAAGAAGAAGAAACUUAAGGUGUAACUAGUGAAGACAAUAACAGUGGAGUUGUUUUUACUUUCAAUUAAUUUUUAUUUUUAUUUUUAUUUUUAUUAUUGUUGUUGUAAUAUGUAAACUAAUUAAUAGUUCUUUGGUAAUGAUAAGGAUAAUA